AUGAUAAGGGUAAGUUCUCAAGAUGCGAAGCCUCAGCAAGCCUGUCAGGAGCAAAUCCGUGCUGCAUGGGCGCGCCUUUCCGAGGAACGCGAUCAGACAACCGAGGAGCUUGAGAAGCUCCGGCAGGACACGGAGGAAUGGUGCUACCGGGAGAAGCUGAAGAUCGAUGCCGAGUGGCAGCGUCUCAACAAGCUCAGUGAGGACAUGUCAAAGAUGUGGACGGAGACGGAGGUAAUUCAGAUCAAUUGCUCUGGCCACAUCUUUACAAUCCCGAAACAGACCAUGUGCGGCAUAGCUGGCAGUGUCCUCGCCGAGAUGUUCAGCGACACCUUCAUCCACGAGAUCCCGCGUGAUGAGGAAGGUCGUUUCUUCUUGGACUUCAAUCCGCAGUGCUUCAGUGUUGUCGUCGAGUAUCUCCGCAAUCGACGACUGCGCGCAGAUGCGCCCUUGCCAGUGGUGCCAGUCGUGCAGCGGCGGAACAUGGAGCUCUUGGCCGAGGCGUGGAAGCUGUGGCCGUUCCUGAAACCGAAUCGCAUGAACCCGCUGCAUGGAACGUCCCUUCACAUCGCAACACGGCCCGCUGCGGAUCAACCGGCAGACGGCCCUGAGCCAGCCACGGUGGAGGUGGUGCGAGCGACCCAUCCUGGUUGGCAGGUCGUCGGCGCGGAGCACCCUCUGCCGGUUUCCAGCGCCUCCUACUUCGAGGUCACAGUGCUGUCAAACCCGGAUGCGCGCGGUGGGUUAGCUGUGGGGCUGUGCAACCACCUCCCUCAGGGUCCGGAGACACACUCCAUCAGGCUGCAGUGCUGUGUGCUCUACAACAGCAACAACGGCCUGCUCGGUGAUGCACUCGGAGACCAUGACGUGCAGCCCGGGCUGCAGCUGGGCGAGGGUGAGCGGAUCGGCGUCCGGCACGACGUGAUCUCAAAGUCACUGCAGUGGUUUCACAAUGGCACGUGCAUUGGUACAUCAACUUUCCUGCCGGAGACGUUGGAGCACUGGGAAUCAAUCUACCCGAUCUUUGGGCUGUACGUGCCUGGCCAGGCGAUCCUCGUGGACUUCCGGGCGGCGCCGCCCAGAAUCGAGUGA